AUGGGACAGAACGAACGGAACUACUCAAACGAUCGCAACAUCAACAACAAGCUUGUCCAGCGAAAGUCGCGUCGUUGGCAGGAGCUGCGGACGGAGCGGCGGAAACAACAACAACACCAGCAGGAGCAGCCGAGGGCGGGUCUGCAGACAACAGACGCAGCUGGUCAGCAACAUCAACGGUGCGAAAACCUGCAGAGACGCUCUGCUCGGAAGAGGCCAGAUGAAAUAUUCGUGGCACCGGGUACGGGUCAAACCUAUCAAACGCUGUACGAAAAAGUUCGUUUGAACCCGAAUCUGGCUGAGGAAAAUCGCCAGAUUCGAAGGGGACAUCGAACGGCGCGCGACCACCUGCGCCUUAAACUGGAGCGCAACGCUGACGCUGUAGCCCUCAUGAGAAAAAUACAGGAAGAGUUAGGUGAGAUGGGUACUGCGCGGGUGGUCACUGAGAUGGCGGAGAUAAUUAUCACCAAUAUUGACAUGUUGGCCACGGAGGAGGACAUCCGCAAGACAUUCCAGACAGUGUUAGAGAAGGAGGCGACGCUGGCCACUAUCAACAUCUGGGAGCGGCGCGAUGGUUCACAGCGUGCCCGAGUGCGAUUGCCACGCAGCGACGCCAACCAUCUGAUAGAUAAGCGGCUCCUAAUUGGCUACUCUUGCUGCAUGGUACGAGAAGCACCGAAACCGUUGCCAAAUUCGCGCCGUUGUUUCCGGUGCCUGGAACGCGGCCACAUGUCCAGGGACUGCCAGGGGAUCGACAGAUCCGGCAUGUGCCUGCGCUGUGGAGCGAUUGACCACAAGGCAGCCAACUGCAAUAACGACCUAAAAUGCAUGAUCUGCGGCGGCCCGCAUCGUAUCGCCGCCGCCUCCUGUGCGAUAACAACACGGACUUGUUGAUGGAUAUUUUACAAAUAAAUCUCAACAAGAGCAGGACUGCGCAAGAUCUUGCGCUCAAUACGAUGCGGGUAGAAAAAGUGGACGUUAUGCUGUUGUCGGAAAUCUACGGAGUUCCCCAAAAUAACGGCAAC